AUGUUGAUCAAUUUUUAAAGCGUUAAUUAUGUUAAAGAAAAAAAAAAAAGGGACAUCGUUAUCUCGUCGCCAUUAACGGCGCAAAAGCAAUAGAGAACUGAUAUACCCCUGAUGUAUCUCUGAUGUAUAAAGAAGAGAAAUAUACGUAUGCAAUGGUAAAUGGAGGGAAGGAGGUCGCGCAAGCGCUUCGAUUAGGCGCCGGUUAAAAGACCCGGGGCGAAGAUGCACCAUGGCAUGGGAGUGUCAAUGGGCGAUCGUCACGGCGGCCAAAAUUCAACGAUGCAGCCCAGAAAUGGAGUUUGUAACAAAAUCGAAAAUUACAUAUCCGAGCUGGGACAAUGGGCCGUAUGGCGUGCCAUAAUAAUGGGCCAAUUUUUGUCCCUGGUACUUUUCUUCAUGACACUCAUUAAUCAUUACAUCAACACGACUUACCAGUUAUCAUUACCAACAGGACAAAAUUUGCCACACUACGCUAUGAUGUGCCUAGUAUACACAACAUGGAUGUCCUGUAGGUGUGUUGGAAAUGGUCUAAUAUCUGUUAUAAAAGCCCGUGGUUGGAGGUACUUGUUGUUAGCGCUCAUCGACGUUGAAGCGUGUACACUUAUUACAUCGUCGCAUCAAUUUACCAGCCUUGCCAGUAUACAGUUACUCGAUUGUGUGGCUAUCCCAGUGGCAUUAGCACUUUCUUGUUUAGUUCUUGGAGUACGAUACAGGAUGGUCCAUAUCGUUGGUGUUUCCGUCUGUCUGAUGGGUGUAGGAUGUUUAGUUUGGGCGGGAAUUAACAACAAUAAAGAUCCAGCAUCAACUGGUAAAAAUCAAUUAGUCGGCGACAUGCUUUGUCUCGGCGGUGCCGUUUUGUUCUCGAUAACGACGGUACUUCAAGAAUUGGCUGUUAAAACGGUCGAUAUUAUCGAGUACUUGGGUAUGAUUGGUUUCUUUGGCACGAUAUUGAGUUGUAUGCAAAUAGCCGUUCUCGAAAGACUUCAAAUCGAAUCGUUCCAGUGGGACAAUGUACCCGUUAUUACGUUCUUAGUGGCUUAUUGCAUUACGCAAUUUGUUUUUUUCUCUCUCGUUCCUGUCGUAUUAUACGAAUCCGGUGCAACGGCAUUGCAAUUGGCUCUUCUAACUGCGGAUUCUUUCAAUAUUUUAUCAGGCAUACUGAUACAUCACUAUAAGUUUCACACCUUGUAUUUUGUCUCCUACACGCUCACAAUGACUGGCAUAUACAUUUAUGCUAUAAAGAGGACACCGAUAUCAUCGAACUCGCGAAGGCAACACGUCGAGCCUCCUGCUCCAGAUUACAGUGAUAUAAUUUUAAGACACAUGUCGCAUGGCGACGUGGGUGAAGUGGAAAUGGCAACGAGCUCCGGUAUGUCAGCAGUGAGCGGUACUCUUGAUAUAAGAGCGUCCACUCUUGGGAGCGAAAGAGAAACGAUGGAUGCAAUGAGUUUACCCCUCAGUGUCAGUUCCGACACAGCCUUCACAUCGUUCUAUGGUAGUCAAGCAAAUCUAAAGGCUACUAAUGGACUCAGCGGUUCUGCCUGCAAUUAAUAAGGUACAUGGAAACAACUGCCUAGAUAAAUAGCACGUAAGUCCAAGAAUUACAAUUCUUUGUAAAAGAGGUAAAGAAGAUAUAUCUUGAGGAUACAACACAAGGAUAUUCAAAGGAAAAAAAAAAGAAAACACGAAAGAAUGUUUGUAUAUCGAAAUAAUAGUUACAAUUGUAA